UUUAGGGGUGGACAGAGGGCAAUGAAUGAACCUCGGGCACCGCGCACAGCGUCCUGGGGCUGCAUGCAGGGAGGCUGUGCGCCGCUUGCCGGGACCCGAGCCCUAGCACCCCCGGCACCCCCUCAGACCUCCACCCGGCGUCGGGCGGCGCCCCAGACCCGGCCUAGGGGGUUGGACGGGGUCCCGGGGCGGGGACGUGCCGGAGAGUUUGUUAUUGUUUGUAGACAUGUGACAGGCGUGCCAACCGCUCUGCGGGGACCCGUUGCGAAAAGUCGAGAGAUGGAGAAUAAGGAAACUCUCAAGGGGUUGCACAAGAUGGACGAUCGCCCAGAAGAACGAACAAUCAGGGAGAAACUGAAGGCAACCUGUAUGCCAGCCUGGAAGCAUGAAUGGCUGGAAAGAAGAAAUAGGAGAGGCCCUGUGGUGGUAAAACCAAUACCUAUUAAAGGAGAUGGAUCUGAAAUGAGUAACUUGGCAGCUGAGCCUCAAGCAGAGGGCCAGAUGAGUGCCGCUUCACCCGUUCCCAAAGGCCGACGCAGCCCUUCUCCUGGCAGCUCCCCUUCAGGUCGCACAGUGAAGUCAGAAUCUCCAGGAGUAAGGAGAAAAAGAGUUUCCCCAGUUCCUUUUCAGAGUGGGAGAAUCACACCACCCCGAAGAGCCCCUUCACCAGAUGGCUUUUCGCCAUACAGCCCUGAAGAAACAAACCGCCGUGUAAACAAAGUGAUGCGGGCCAGGCUGUACUUACUGCAGCAAAUAGGACCCAACUCCUUCCUGAUCGGAGGAGACAGCCCAGACAAUAAAUACCGAGUGUUCAUUGGGCCUCAGAACUGCAGUUGUGGACGUGGAACAUUUUGUAUUCAUCUGUUAUUUGUUAUGCUCCGGGUGUUUCAACUAGAACCGUCAGAUCCAAUGUUAUGGAGAAAAACAUUGAAGAAUUUUGAGGUUGAGAGUUUGUUCCAGAAAUAUCACAGUAGGCGUAGCUCAAGGAUCAAAGCUCCAUCUCGUAACACCAUCCAGAAGUUUGUUUCACGCAUGUCAAAUUCUCAUACAUUGUCAUCAUCUAGUACUUCUGCAUCUAGUUCAGAAAACAGAAAUUUUAAUCUGAGUAAUUCACAAGACUUUAUGACUGUUUCUCACAGUAUUGUGGUGAAAAACUGUAUAAAAGAUGAAGAGGAGCAGAUGUGUCCUAUUUGCUUGCUGGGCAUGCUUGAUGAAGAAAGUCUCACAGUGUGUGAAGAUGGCUGCAGAAACAAGCUGCACCACCACUGCAUGUCAAUUUGGGCAGAAGAAUGUAGAAGAAAUAGAGAACCUCUAAUAUGUCCCCUCUGUAGGUCUAAGUGGAGAUCCCAUGAUUUCUACAGCCAUGAGUUGUCAAGCCCUGUGGAUUCCCCUUCUUCUCUCCGAGCUGCACAGCAGCAAACCACACAACAGCAGCCUUUAGCUGGAUCACAAAGAAGGAACCAAGAGAGCAAUUUUAACCUUACUCAUUAUGGAACUCAGCAGAUCCCUCCUGCUUAUAAAGACUUAGCUGAGCCAUGGAUUCAGGUGUUUGGAAUGGAACUCGUCGGCUGCUUAUUUUCUAGAAACUGGAAUGUAAGAGAGAUGGCCCUCCGGCGUCUUUCCCAUGAUGUUAGUGGGGCCCUGCUGUUGGCAAAUGGGGAGAGCACUGGAAAUUCGGGGGGCAGCAGUGGAAGCAGUCCAAGUGUUGGAGCCACCAGUGGGUCUUCCCAGACCAGUAUCUCAGGAGACGUGGUGGAAGCAUGCUGCAACGUUUUGUCAAUGGUCUGUGCUGACCCUGUCUACAAAGUGUACGUUGCUGCUUUAAAAACGUUAAGAGCCAUGCUGGUAUAUACUCCUUGUCACAGUUUGGCAGAAAGAAUCAAACUUCAGAGACUUCUCCGACCAGUUGUAGACACCAUUCUAGUCAAGUGUGCAGAUGCCAAUAGCCGCACAAGUCAGCUGUCCAUAUCAACACUGUUGGAAUUAUGCAAAGGCCAAGCUGGAGAGUUGGCAGUUGGUAGAGAAAUACUUAAAGCUGGAUCCAUUGGUAUUGGUGGUGUUGAUUAUGUUCUAAAUUGUAUUCUUGGGAACCAAACUGAAUCAAACAACUGGCAAGAACUCCUGGGCCGCCUUUGUCUCAUAGACAGACUGUUGUUGGAAUUUCCUGCUGAAUUUUACCCUCAUAUCGUCAGUACUGAUGUUUCACAAGCUGAGCCUGUUGAAGUCAGGUAUAAGAAGCUGCUGUCCCUCUUAACCUUUGCUUUGCAGUCCAUUGAUAAUUCUCACUCAAUGGUUGGUAAACUUUCCCGAAGGAUAUAUUUGAGCUCUGCAAGAAUGGUUACUGCAGUACCCCAUGUGUUUUCAAAACUGUUAGAAAUGUUGAGCGUUUCCAGUUCCACUCACUUUACCAGGAUGCGUCGGCGUUUGAUGGCUAUUGCAGAUGAGGUGGAGAUUGCUGAGGCCGUCCAGCUGGGCAUAGAAGACACUUUGGAUGGUCGGCGUGACAGCUUUUUGCAGGCAUCUACCCCUAACAACUAUCCAGAAACCACAGAGAACAGUUCCCUUGAACGCACAGUCCAUUUAGGGAAAACCGGAAAGGGAUUGUGUCCUGCAAAACUGAGUGCCAGUUCAGAGGACAUUUCUGACAGACUGGCCAGCAUUUUGGUAGGACUUCCUAGUUCUGCAACAACAACAGAGCAACCAAAGCCAAUGGUUCAAACGAAAGGCAGGCCCCACAGUCAGUGUUUGAACUCCUCUCCUUUAUCUCAUCAUUCCCAAUUAAUGUUCCCAGCCUUGUCAACCCCUUCUUCAUCUGCCCCAUCUGUACCAGCUGGCACUGUAACAGAUGUCUCUAAGCAUAGACCUCAGGGAUUUGUUCCCUGUAAUAUACCUUCUGCAUCUCCUCAAACCCAGCGCAAGUUUUCUCUACAGUUCCAGAGAAACUGUUCCGAAAGCAAAGACUCAGACAAACUUUCCCCCAUCUUUACUCAGUCAAGACCCCUGCCCUCCAGUAAUAUACACAGGCCAAAGCCAUCUCGACCUACCCUAGGUAGUAUAAGUAAGCAGGGAGAUACUUCAAAAAAUAGCAUGACACUUGAUCUGAACAAUUCUUCCAAAUGUGAUGACAGCUUUGGCAGUAGCAGCAAUAGUAAUAAUGCUGUUAUACCCAGUGAUGAGACAGUGUUCACCCCGGUAGAGGAGAAAUGCAGAUUAGAUGUCAAUACAGAGCUCAACUCCAGUAUUGAGGACCUUCUUGAAGCAUCCAUGCCUUCAAGUGACACAACAGUAACUUUUAAGUCAGAAGUUGCUGUCCUCUCUCCUGAAAAGGCUGAAAAUGAUGAUACCUACAAAGAUGAUGUGAAUCAUAAUCAAAAGUGCAAAGAAAAAAUGGAAGCUGAAGAAGAAGAAGCUUUAGCAAUUGCCAUGGCAAUGUCAGCGUCUCAGGAUGCCCUCCCCAUAGUUCCUCAGCUGCAGGUUGAAAAUGGAGAAGAUAUCAUCAUUAUCCAACAGGAUACACCAGAGACUCUACCAGGACAUACCAAAGCAAAACAGCCUUAUAGAGAAGAUACGGAGUGGCUGAAAGGCCAGCAGAUUGGCCUUGGAGCAUUUUCUUCAUGUUACCAGGCUCAAGAUGUGGGAACUGGAACUUUAAUGGCUGUCAAACAGGUGACAUACGUCAGAAACACAUCUUCUGAGCAAGAAGAAGUGGUGGAAGCAUUAAGAGAAGAGAUAAGAAUGAUGAGUCAUCUGAAUCACCCCAACAUCAUUAGGAUGUUAGGCGCCACAUGUGAGAAGAGCAAUUACAAUCUCUUCAUCGAAUGGAUGGCAGGCGGAUCUGUGGCUCAUUUGCUGAGUAAAUAUGGAGCCUUCAAGGAAUCAGUAGUUAUCAACUACACUGAACAGUUACUUCGUGGCCUUUCGUAUCUCCAUGAAAACCAGAUCAUUCACAGAGAUGUCAAAGGUGCCAAUUUGCUAAUUGACAGCACAGGUCAGAGGCUAAGAAUUGCAGAUUUUGGAGCUGCAGCCAGGUUGGCGUCAAAAGGAACUGGUGCAGGAGAGUUUCAGGGACAAUUACUGGGGACAAUUGCAUUUAUGGCACCUGAGGUACUAAGAGGUCAGCAGUAUGGUAGGAGCUGUGAUGUGUGGAGUGUUGGCUGUGCUAUUAUAGAAAUGGCUUGUGCUAAACCACCUUGGAAUGCAGAAAAACACUCUAAUCAUCUGGCUUUGAUAUUUAAGAUUGCUAGUGCAACUACUGCUCCAUCGAUUCCUUCACAUCUGUCUCCCGGUUUACGAGAUGUGGCUCUUCGUUGUUUAGAACUUCAACCUCAGGACAGACCUCCAUCAAGAGAGCUACUGAAGCAUCCAGUCUUCCGUACUACGUGGUAGCCAAUUAUACAAAUAAACUAUUAACGGAGACAGGAUGCUCAACAAGAGGAUAAGAACUUUUGUGGGGAACCACGUUGAUAAUCUGCGGGCCUUCAUGCCACUGAACAGCUAUGAACGAGGCCAGUGGGGAACCCUUACCUAAGUAUGUGAUUGACAAAUCAUGAUCUGUACCUAAGCUCAGUAUGCAAAAGUCCACAACUUGUGCAGAAACUGUAAACUGUGCCUUUCAAAGAACUGGCCCUAGGUGAACAGGAAGCAAUGAAGUUUGCAUGACUAAAUGACAGAAGCGUAAUUUAAUUUUUUUUGGAGCACUUUUUCAGCAAUAUUAGCAGCUGAGGGGCUCAGGAUAUUUUAAUGUUUCAAUUACUCUUCCAUUUUGUAUCAUGAUCAGGAGCAGGGGAUUCUGCAAUUCCGUUUUUUUUUUUUUCUUAUGUCACUGGCUAUAAAAAUCAGUAUCUGCCUUUUUUAGGUCAGACUAUGCUAUGAGGAGCAGUAAAUACAUAUUUUUUUAAAAGGUGAUAAUUUCUUUCUGACCCACAGUUGACCUUUAUUUUUUUAAAUGCCUGCGCAGUUGUGGUUUAUUGUGCAUUUUACUGUUGACCCAUUCAUUUCGUUUUUGGAAAUUAUGGUUCUGUAUUUUCAUUACACCUUCAUCUUUGUUUAAUAUUCAGGGAAAGGUGAUCUUUUCAAACCAGAAAAAAAUAUAUAACUAGGUAUGAACUAGAGUUCAUUAAAUAUCUUGCUGUUGCAAGAGUUUUUACAUACAGGUUUAAUUUUGUUUUUUAAAUUGGAAUAUGAUAAAAUACUACCUUCAUUGAGUCAGUAACUGCUCUUAUUGUGCAGGUUAAAUAUAAGUUAAAUGAAAAUCAGCUAUUCUCUGUGAUGCAGCUCGCAACCAAGAUCAAGAUUACUAUGAAUUGAUUUCAACUUUUUAAAUAUAUCAGCUUCUUUUGUCAAAUUGUAGGAAACUUCACACCAUAAGACAGGUUUAAGUCUUACUCUGUAUGUAACAAUCCAUCCUUCACCAUCACCGCUGAUGAUAACGUGUACCUGCUGUUUUCCUUCUGCCACGCGUCAUCUCUGCAGUAAGUCUGGCCAAUAGAUAAUAAAAGGAGAAUUACUCAAUCACCGAUGAGGAAUGGUGUUGUUAAGCAAAAGUCUUCUUUGAGCUUAGAAAGAUAAGUGAAAUUCAAUUUCAUUUACAUACUAUUUCCUUGGAUUUUGCACAGUUAUCUAAUGGUUUUAGUCUGGAGUUGAAUUCAGAUGCAUAGAAUCCUGAAGGAAAAUGGCAGCUCUUUUAUCCUUUUUGUGAGUCUUUUAAAUCAAGUACUGAUUAAGUAUUUAAUACAACUUUUUAAGAUUUUAAGUUUUUAACUCUUCAGAAGCCAGUUGAAUUGUUGCAGAGUGAAAUUGAAUUGGUUAUUCUCCAAGACUCAGGAUAAACUAAAUAAGCUAUAUAGAGUACAUUUAAAAUGUACAACACAAAUUGGAAGUAAAAUAAGUUACAAGAUAAGUUUACAGGGAUAUAUUGCUUAUAAUUUUUAAAAGGCAGUUUUUUUUUUUAUGUGAUUGUGUUUCUUAGUGAAAUUUUACAUUCCUUUGUUUUGAAAGAUUGGCAAUAUUUGAAGAGUUAAAAGAAAAAUAGUACCGAAAUGUGAAGUUUGGUAGCUCUAAAUGUGUUGUACUUGACUUUUCUAUUUCCUUUUUCUUUUUUUUUUUUUGACUACUUAGAAUUUUCACAAUUCUAAUAAGAUUGUUCCAAGUCUUUUCAUGUGCAAGCUUUAAAGGAUGCACUCUUGCCAUUUUGUGUACUGGAAGAUCAUUUGUCAGAUUAAUACUGUGUCUGACAGAAAUGUAAACUGUAUAAACUGAGGAACCUCAGCUAAUCAGUAUUACUUUGUAGAUCACCAUGCCCACCACAUUUCAAACUCAAACUGCCUCUAGAUGUCAAAAUCCAUUUUGUUUGAGUUUGCAGUUCCCUCAGCUUGCUGGUAAUUGUGGUGUUUUUUGUUUUGUUUUGUUUUGUUUUCAAUGCAAAUGUGAUGUAAUAUUCUUAUUUUCUUUGGAUCAAAGCUGGACUGAAAAUUGUAUUGUGUAAUUAUUUUUGUGUUCUUAAUGUUAUUUGGUACUCAAGUUGUAAAUAACGUCUACUGCUGUUUAUUCCAGUUUCUACUACCUCAGGUGUCCUAUAGAUUUUUCUUCUACCAAAGUUCACUUUCACAAUGAAAUUAUAUUUGCUGUGUGACUAUGACUCCUAAGACUUCCAGGGCUUAAGGGCUAACUUCUAUUAGCACCUUACUGUGUAAGCAAAUGUUACAAAAAAAAAAA